AUGAAGAUUAUCAAACAGACUGUCCAGAUCAGCAGCUGCUAUCAAAUCCUGAGUGGUGCCUCACCAUCUCAACCUUUUCUGAUUGAACACUGCUGUUUGAUGACACCCGGAAAUGAGUGGGAUAUGGAGGUCAAAUGUCGCCCUAUAUCGCACGGAGCCCAAGGUGUGUCCAAUCAGAGAAACAACUGGAGAAGCCUGAUGAUGGUUUACCCCGAAGCUAAAGUACAACUAAAACACAAUGACAUUGAAGUCACACUACCAUCUCUGCAGGAGGACGUCGAGAUCGCUGCGUUUGGAAGACCAGGAAAAGAUGACAAGAAAAGAAUGCAAAUGGCAAUCUUUGCUAAGCGACCAAAACAAGGAAGAGACUGGAAGAUUUGGGUUUAUCUUGUAGAUGAUACAAGUCCAGCCUGUGAGGUAUAGGGUACUAAUAUGAUUGUUUAUUUUGUUUUGUUUGUUUGUUUGUUUAAAAUGUUACCACCAUAGUUUCUUUACCAUGAUUUUAUUUCAUUUUAAUUUUAUAAUCAUUUUUUUUUGUCAUGACUUUAUUACCUUACCAUUGAUCAACCCCCUACCUCCCCCUCCCCUCCUGCCCCGCUCUAGACAUUAGCCUCUCUUGAGGACGGCUAAGGCGCUAGAGAUCUUUAUUACCACCAACCCUUGAAAUGCAAAACGAUAAUGCCAAAUUCAAAGUAUAAUUUAUUAAUUUAAGUUGUUUCCGUACAAUGAUACGAACACUGAUUUCUACAUGUUAUUUCUCUUUCUUGUGUAACCAGAAAAUGUUUCAGGAUGAAGACGAAAAAGGAAACAAACUACUGACACCACUUGCUGGAAUAUUUGUGUCUAAAAGCAAUAAAGACAUCACAAUUGAACUCAGUAAACUGGAGCCUGGAUGGAAAAUCAGAGGAAGCAAUGUAAAGGUGCGAAUAGUGAACUUGGUUGUUAACAGUUUGGCCUCCUUAAUGAUAUAGUAUUGAUUAAAAUCCACGCGACAGGUUUGGAUUAGUUUAGGGCUGUCAGUCUCUAGAGCGAGAGAACUCGGGCCCGAUUCACUCAAGACAAUACCACUACUUAGGGUUUCUUUGUUGUUGCUGUUGUUGUUUGUUUUUCGAAAGAGGAUGCUGCCCUUUCCAAGGCGAUACUUUCGUGUAGUUUCGAUUUCCACUUACAGAAAAGCAAAAAGCCAGUGCCUUCAGUUGUAUAGAGCUUUUUGGUGGUAUAUAGAUCAACACUUAACCAAAGCGAGAAUUUCAUCAAUGAAAAGAAUCCCUACCUCUCUACCGUCUUAACUUCCACAAACUCUACUAGGCUGUGGAGGUGUGGGUUCUAAAGUAAUAAAAACUGGGCUUGGCUCCGACCACUCCCUAAUCAACUUGUUGCUUAUAUUUAAGUGAUUAAUCAAUAAACUGAUCACACUAAGUCAUCCUUUGUUUUUAUGUUUUCUUUUUUGUUGUUUUUGUUUCGUUUUUAAUGAUUUGCUUUUCAAUUUUCUUUUAGACAAUAAAAUCAACUCAUGCAUGGAAUUCGUCAGAAAACUCCGUAGAUUUUCCACGUUGCUAUUUCGAAAUAAGUCACGUGAAUAGUGCCAAGCAUUCAUACUUCUGUGGAAUAGAAGCUUCUCAUGAAGGAGACAGUGCACAAGCAGAAGUUGUGGCGUAUUUUGAACGAGUGAGUGUUGACGGAAUGAAAUACAGUUGUAUUACAUUAUUAAUCUUUCUUUUGUUGCUCUUGGAAAAAGGAAAAUACUAAUUUAUGAUCAUAUUUUAGUCUCCUUAAUUGCUGGAUUUUUCAUCUUUAUUUUGUAGGAAAGUGGUCAGAAAAUCGUCCAACCCUCUAACAAUUCUCGCAAACUGAGUAAUACGUGCAACUUUGUUUCAAAAGGUAACUUUCAACUAGACUGUACAAAAAACAAAAAUAAAAGCAAAAUGUAUGGUCACUUUGAAGCACGAUGCAACUCACAGACCAGUAGCAACACAAAGGCCUCUGCAAAAUAGCAAAAUAUGUAGCUCGUUUAACCUGUAUAAUAAAUUUUCAUAUUGUAUUUCUAGGCGUUUUACUUUUUUUUUUUUUUAUUUUUUUUUUUUAAUAUCACCGCUCAUUUUUCUUUUCUCACAGAGUCUAACACCAGGUUUCCAUUACUUGAAGUUUUCUUUCUGCUUUGUGCACUUUUUGCUUCUGACUUCAACACCACACAUAUUACUGGUAAGCUUGCUUUAUAAAUUUCAGUAAAUAAACGAUGCCAUAAGCGUGUACAUUGGCUAUUUCGGAGUUGCCUAAGGAACUGGGGGGAGUUUCAAAUUCAAACUAAUCGCUAAACUGACCACCACCAUAUAAAAGGUCAUGUUAAGAUUGGUUUUUUGAACAAGUUUGGUGCUCUAAGGUUAAACAGGGAUCAAGUUAUGACUCUUGAAACAUGGUUAAAGAUCGAUUCUGUGAUAUCCCUAAAAACGGGCAAACACAGUUGUUUUCGAAUUAGUUCCUUCCAAGCAGUAGAUGCAUGACAAUUUUUACAGUUUAAAAGAAAAGCUGAAAAAUUUUAAAGAGUUUAUAUGGUUUGGGGGAAUCUUUAACCAUGUUUCAAGAGUCAUAACGUGAUUCCUGUUCAAUUUUAGAGCACCAAACUUGGUCAAAUAACCAAUCUCAACAUGGCCAUUUAUGUGGUGGUGUCGGUUUAUCGAAUAGUUUAAAUUUGAAACUCGCCCCAAUUCCCUACGCAACUCCGAAAUGGCUAAUAGAAAUCCCAUUAAAGGGCCAAGUAGUAAAGGAUACCAUUGUAUAAAUCAAAUUUGGGAACGAUACGUUUGCUGACAUUGUUUGCAGGUUUUUGGAAAGAUUAUGACUGUAGUGUAACUAAACCUUUCAAAAACUUGAAAAUCGUUUAUAUGAUUAAAAUAGAAAAGAAUCAAAUCUAUCUAACUGCAAAUACGUUUCCUUUCAAUUCACUUACAGGCAAGCCCUAUAAUCUCACAAUUUUUGUUUUCAAUUUCAACAGGAUCAAAUUCAACUUAUCAGCAAUUUACGACAAAGAAGGAUUUUGAAGAUUUUACCAAUAUCAAGCCGCCUGACAGCUUCCCUUCCAUUGGAAUGCCUUAUUCCGGGGAGCUGGUAAAGCGCGGGCAAGUAGGAUCCGCCAGCUGUGGUUCAACUGUCCCCCAAGACCCCGCUCACUGUGCAACUGCAAGAAACCCGAACGCCUCGGAACGAGGCUUUGAUCUUUCGGUAUUAGAACAAAGAGUGAAAUCUACCGUGGUUGCAGUAGUCCGUUGUCAAAAUAUCUGGGGUGAGUAAAUUCACCAAGACGCGUUGCAGUUUUGUAUCCAGGUCAAAUUGAAAAUACAAUUAAUCUAUCGUGCAUGAAAGUCGUUUCUCGCCCUUCCCUCAAACCAAAAGAUUGUGAUUUGCAAGGUUUUACCCUUUCGAAACUGGGAAAAAGCCCUUUCUCUAGAAACUUCAUCUGUGUCACCUAAAACACAGUGACGCUGUUAAUAAUUACAAGUCCCUCAAGAAUCAGAAGUGUUUUAAUCAGAAGUAGUUAUGCAAUAAUCUUAUAUAUAAGAGUGCAAGCAAAGCAUGAAACAGCCAAAAAGCAGAAUCAUUUACAAAACUCUAACGGUACUAAUAAACAUUGUCGCUACAAGGUGAUGUCACUCCAUGGAGUUACAAAAAAAAAAACGAACUAAAUGCGUAGCUAUGAAUUUGAAAUAAGAUAUUUGCAAGUAUUCCAUGUUAAUACUGAAAGAACUACGUUUUAAGACUGAUCAGGCAAAACGUUUUACAGAGGCUGAAGAAAAGACAGACGAAAGACAUUAAUCUAACGGCUUUUGUGAGCAUUUUGAUUUAUAUUUCAUUUUAUCUACAUCAUUUUUUUUAAUAUAUUAUCUUUUAUCUCUGUGUGAUUAUUCGCAUACUAUACUUUUGUUAUCUUUUUCAAACUCGCACCAUGUGACAACAGGCUAGGGCGCCAAAACGUAAGCGAAAAAAUUAAAAUAAAUACAUCAAUCUAUUUUCUUUUUUUCUUUCGAGAAGAGUAGGGCGUUAUAAGUUCAUGAAAGGGACAAAACCUUCCUCAGGCGAUAAUAAAUAAAUAUUUGAAUAUUUUUUUAAUAAUUUCCCUUGCUCAAUUGAGUAUUUUCUUUAAAACAACUUCUUCAAUUCUGAGCUGUUUGUCAUUAUCUGUUGUUUUAAGCAGGACUAGAAAAAGAUGAAGAUUAUAAAACAGAGAUCCAGAUAAGCGGCUGCUAUAAAAUCCUCAGUGGUACCUCACCAUCUCAACCUUUUCUGGUUGAACACUGCUGUUUGAUGACACCCGGAAAUAAGUGGGAUAUGGAGGUAAAAUGUAGCCCCAUGUCGCGUGGGGCCCAAGAUGCUUUUAAUCAGAGAUACAACUGGGGAAGCCUAAUGGUGGUCUAUCCUGAAGCUGAAGUGCAAUUAAAACACAAUGAAAUGGAAGUCACACUGCCAUCGCUG